GGGGCGGGGGUUCCUAUGUGCUGUAGUCCUGGCUGGGUCUAUGUGUUGUUGUCUGUUUAACACUUGGCUUCCUGCUAUAUUUUGUGGUUACUAUGAAUUCCCCGGCCAGGACCGUCAUCUGCUUGUUGAGAAAUGAUUUGCGACUCCAUGAUAACGAGGUGCUGCAUUGGGCUCAGAGGAACGCAGAUUAUAUCGUCCCCCUCUAUUGCUUUGACCCCAGACAUUAUGUACAGACGUAUUACUACAACUUCCCUAAGACUGGGCCACAUCGACUCAAGUUCUUGUUGGAAAGUGUUCAAGAUUUGAGGAGCACAUUGAAGAAAAGAGGAAGUAAUCUGCUGCUGAGGAGAGGGAAGCCAGAAGAGAUCAUAGAGAAUCUGGUGAGACAGCUGGGCUCUGUGUCUGCGGUGGUACUGCAGGCUGAGGCAACAAAGGAAGAGCUUGACGUUGAAAGUGCUGUAAAACAAGUCUGUAAUCGCUAUGGAGUUAAAUAUCAAACGUUUUGGGGAUCUACCCUGUAUCACCGGGAAGACCUUCCGUUCAGACACGUCUCCGGCUUACCUGAUAUCUACACCCUGUUCCGAAAGGCUGUUGAAUCUCAGAGUAGGGUGCGGCCGACUAUGCAAAUGCCGGAGAAGCUAAAGCCCUUGCCAGCUGGCCUGGAGGAGGGAAACAUCCCAAAUCAGGAAGAUUUUGGACAACAAAAACUUUCAGACCCAAGAACAGCAUUUCCCUGCACCGGAGGAGAAACACAAGCCUUACAGAGACUGCAGUAUUACUUCUGGGAUAUGAAUCUUAUUGCUUCCUACAAAGACACACGGAAUGGACUCAUGGGACUGGAUUACUCAACCAAAUUUGCUCCGUGGCUUGCUUUGGGUUGUAUCUCUCCACGAUACAUUUAUGAACAGAUCAAAAAAUAUGAACAAGAACGAACUGCAAAUCAAAGCACUUACUGGGUCAUUUUUGAACUUCUCUGGAGGGAUUAUUUCCGAUUUGUCGCACUGAAGUACGGAAAAAGAAUAUUUUUUUUGAGAGGACUUCAGGACAAGGAGGUUCCAUGGAAGAGAGACCCAAAGCUGUUUGAUGCAUGGAAAGAAGGCCGUACUGGAGUACCCUUUGUUGAUGCCAACAUGCGUGAGCUGGCUGCAACAGGCUUUAUGUCUAACAGAGGACGGCAGAAUGUUGCCAGUUUUUUGACCAAGGACCUUGGUCUCGAUUGGCGGAUGGGCGCGGAAUGGUUUGAAUACCUUCUGGUUGAUUACGAUGUGUGUAGCAAUUAUGGCAACUGGCUGUAUAGUGCUGGAAUUGGCAAUGAUCCCCGAGAGAACAGGAAAUUCAAUAUGAUUAAGCAAGGCUUGGAUUAUGACGCCAAUGGAGAUUACAUCCGUCUUUGGGUUCCGGAGCUGGAGCAGAUAAAAGGAGGAGAUAUCCACACCCCGUGGGCACUAAGUAAUGCCACACUGGCACACGCUAAUGUGUCUCUUGGGGAAACCUAUCCCUUACCAAUUGUGAUGGCCCCAGAGUGGAGCAGACACAUCAAUCAGAAGCCGAAUAGUCGGCCAUCAACUGCAGGAAGACAAAAAGGACCCUCCUAUACACCAAAGCAGCACAAGAACAGAGGAAUCGAUUUUUACUUUUCUCGCAAUAAAAAUGUAUAAUUUAAAGCAUCUAUUUAUCUGACAACACUCAGUUAAACCUAGCAGCAAUAUAUCUACCAGCUGUAAUCAUUUUCUACCAAAACAAUUCAGUUCUGGACAAAAACUUUUUUUUUACCCGAUUUAUUUAUUUUAAAAAGGUCAUGAUAUUAAACAUACCCUUUUAAUCUGAUGUUGCAUUGGGUUGUUAUGGUGUGGGUAUUUAUUGCAUUCUUUGUAUCUUUCACAUAGAGGGCUAGUAUCUUGUUAAUCAACACAGUAACGUUAGUGUUCCUUUUCUUAUGAAUAAACUUAUUGUGGGCUUUUAUGACACCAUUUUUCGUUGCUCCUGGGAAUACCUUAAAGGGGCAGUAAACCUAGAAAAUAAUGUUAUAUAAUUCUGCACAUAGUACAAAGAAAAAUUGACAAUAGGAGUAAAUUAGAAAGUUGCUAAAAUUGCAUGCAAGUCAAUCCUGAAACAUUACUUUAUCCUACGCGCAAGUUUCCCCAAUGUUUCAGGAUUGACUUGCAUGCAAUUUUAGCAACUUUCUAAUUUACUCCUAUUGUCAAUUUUUCUUUGUUUUCUUGGUAUCUUUAUUUGAAAAAGCAGCCGUGUAAGCUUACAAUCUGGCCCAUUUUUGGUUCAGAACCCUGGGUAGCGCUUGCUGAUUGGUGGCUACUAGGUUUAGUAUCCCUUUAAUAUGGAAAAAUGAAACUAGUUGGGGACAGGAAAACUGGGCAAACUAUUUCACACUGUGGGCUUGAUGAUAAAAUACUCUCCUGCUUGGAGAUAAAUUGUAGUGCAGACUCACUGAACGCUAAAAGAAAAAGGCCAGCACUGUGAGAUAUCUCACAAGAUUCUAGACAUGAAAAUGUUGCUAUAGUAGUCUAAGGGAUGUUCCCUGCAUUUCUGUAUGUGAAGGAAAGACUAGCCCAGGGCAAUAUGGCACUGCAUGAUGUGUUACGCUUACACUUGUGCUUUGUAUUUUAUAUGAUUUUAAAUUUCAGAUUGGGUCCUUUCAGUAUUAUUACAUUUAAGCUUUGCACUUUCUGUUUUUUAUAUUUUUAUUCAUUUUAAAUUUAGAUCCAGCAGUGAUUUUACAAAUUCUUGUUAUGUUUUGAAAGUUUCUGUGUUUAACAAUAUAUAUAUCUUUAUCUUUUACAAAUUAUGUUGCCCUUUUGUAUUUUCUCUAUUGUAAAAUAAAACAGAGCUUCAGAAAAUGGGAGGCACAGGGCAGCCCCCCUGGGCUGAACAGGGGAGUUCCCUGGGUAUCCCUCAAGCUCUCACGAUUCUUGUAAAAUGCUGGUCUCACUGAAUUAUGCCACCAGCUGUAUGUAGGUGAAGUUUGCUCAAAAUUCACAAUACACUUAUUUAACUGACAGAAAAUUAAUAUAUACUAAAUUGCUGGCAAAAACAAGUUAAAUUGUAAUGAAAAGAUUUCAGUUUAAUUUGUAUUUGCUGCAAACUGAGACUUUAUGACCGCCCAAGAUGUUCUCUUGUUUACUUCUCCCACUACUGUAUCCCAGAGAACCACAUAACUCUCUAUGGAGGGAAUCUCUUAUCUCUCUGGGGCUUCCACGUUCUGCCCUUUUUCUUAUAGAAUUCAGUGAGUUCAAUUCCUGUCAAGUCUGCGUUAUAAUUUCUCUCCAAACUGGAGAAUAUUUGCUUAUCAAACCUAUAGAAAGUAAUGAAACUCUCUGUGAAACUGAAGCUGCCAGCUUUUUUUCAGUUUUAUUUUAAAUGGAAUAAUACAAGGUAAUCCUAAAUACUCUGCUGUAUCCAAAAUAAAAUACAAAAUAGAAAUUGCAGAGUUUAAAUGUAAUAAAACUUAAAGUCUAAAGUAAUAUAAAAUAGAAAGCACAAAGUGUAAAUGUAGCAGAACUCUCAUGUCAUACAGUUCUAUAUUGCUCUAGGCUUGUCUCUCCUUCACAUACAUAAAUGAAGGGAACUCCCCUUGGAGAAGUAAAUCAAAUUCUGCCUUUUUAGAAUUUCACUUGGGAUCAUUUUAUAUCAUGUUGUCUGAGUGGAGAGGUUUAAAUCAACAGGCCCCUGUGUGUGUUGAGCAUGUUAAUAAUGUCAAAUGUGUAAAAUUGUAACUUAAGAAAAUAAAAUAAGUUAUUUUUUUUGCA